CUCCUCUCUGAGGGCAGAGUGAGUGCACUGCUCUGGCACGCAAAAAAACAAAAAUAACACGAGGCUGGGAGCACAAAUAUGUAGCAUUUAGUGAAACGAAGAGGAUAAUAAAAGAAGGCAGGUGUUGCAUGUUUUUAAAUGGGAAAUCUGGUGGGCAGCUGGCGCUUCAAGGAGCCGAGCACCGUGGAGGAAUGCGACUCGACGUGGGGAUCCGACUCGGAGAGCGACGAGCCGGCGGCUGAGGAUGACAGCGGCAUCUCCGACUCCGUCAGCCCGGCGGAGAGCGAGCGGGCCGCGGGACACGCCGGAGACUCGUCCCCGCAGCUGACUGACUCCCCGGAGUCUCUUCCAAAGAUGAAGAGGAGUUUCUAUGCCGCCAGGGACCUCUACAAAUACCGCCACAGCUACCCAAAUUAUAAAAAGUCCCGACAACCCAACGAGUAUCGUAACCUGCGCUUCUACCUGAACAAGAUCCCCCUCGUACCUGAUGGUAUCUACAUAGAGGAGAUUCUUUCUAAGUGGAGAGGCGACUAUGACAAACUGGAGCACAAUCACACCUACAUUCAGUGGCUGUUCCCAUUAAGAGAACAAGGGCUCAACUUCUACGCAGAUGAACUGACUCAGGAUGAGAUUAAAGAAUUCCAAAGCACUCGGGAAGCAAAGCGGAGAUUUCUGGCGGCAUACUCCCUGAUGUUGGACUUCUAUGGCGUCAAACUGCUGGAUAAGAGUGGUAAUGUUGCUCGGGCUCCCAACUGGCAGGAGCGCUUCCAGCACCUUAAUGAAUCCCACCACAACUACCUGCGGAUCACUCGCAUCCUGAAGUCCCUGGGCGAGCUCGGCUAUGAGGCCUUCAAAGCUCCACUGGUCCGCCUCUUCCUGGAGGAGUCCCUGUGCCACAGCACCCUCCCCAACAUGCAGCACAGCGUCCUGGAGUACUACGUCUACACCAUCCGCCUGCCUGCCACACGCCGACGCCUGCUCCGCUACGCCCGCCAGCACUACAGGCCUGCCCACGCCUUCCUCUGGGGUCCGCCGCCAAAAAGGCGAAGCGGUGGUGUUGGUGCUGGAGGUAGCUUCGGUGCUGGAAGUAGUGGGAUUAGAGCGCCUGCUCCAACACCGGAGCAACCGAGGAGAGGGGAGGAGAGCACCACCUCCACAUCUGCAGGUAGCGGGAUUAUUGUGUCUUCCCAUGAUGCCAUGAUGUGCCAGGACCUGGCUGGAGGAGGGCUCAAGGGCUGCGCAGGGCUUGGCUCCAACAUGGCUGGACUGGAGGGAGUGCUGAUGUUGGCAGGAGCUAGAGGGGAGAGGAAUGAGUACAAUGAGAUUGUUCCUUUGUAGGGAAUGUUGUUUUUAAAGCAGAAAAGAAAACAACAGUUUUUAAAAUCAACCCAUUCAAUUGUAAAGAAAUAAACUUUGGGAGGACCCUAUCGGCCAUGUAAACCCAGGGUCAGAACGGUGAAACACAUGAAUAGUUGUUUGGACUGUUAGAAACACAUCAUUAGAAUCAGUUCAGGUUAAGGGCUUACCAUAAACUCUGAUAGGACUUCAUUGCAAAAUAAUCAGCUUAACUGUAAUAAGGAUUAGAAUAUGGGGCUGGGGUGUUUGUGGAGGUGGGGAGUCACAUCCUGAGCCAAGCCAGACAAAGUUGUCCUGGACAAAAUCCCAAAACUCUCUAAACCAGUAGAGACCUAAAAUUAUGUUGCAAGGCUUUUCCUCAUCAGGGCUAUGAUCACAAAACAGCUUAGACAGAAGACUGCCUUAUUUAAUGUUUUGGUCUGGAAAUGAAGUGUGAUUCCUGAUUCUAAAGACCAUUUUAGAACCAAAGGUAUCAGCUGGUUGGCACGUUAGUGUUGCAGUGAUAUGGGAAACAAAGCCCUGCUUACUCAUUAGAUGCUGGAGCUCCCCCAAGCAACAAGCUGGACUGGGCUCUCUGUACAGGUGCUGUAAAGAGAAUAUUGUAAUGUAAAGAUGUAGAUCAGAAAGCAUUUGUUUACUUUUUCUUUUUUUUUCAUUUCCUGUGACAGGACAUAGAGAAGACAAAAGGCUUAAUUAUCAGCAAUACUUUGACACUGGAUUUUUUUUAAGAUUGACUUGAAAUCAUCACAUUGUCGUUAACAGCAGGCACAAUUCAAUUAUGGAUCAACUCUGCAAUUUUAUUCUCUGCAAAUCGUAAAGAAGUAUAAAAGCAAAAAAACAAAACCUGUUAGUGAUUUGAUAUCUUGAAGAAACACUUAAGAAUAGAAAGGCUUUUGGUGACAUAAACACCUUCAAACUGCAACUGGCAGCACGUAGAGCGACUGAAAAACUGUCUCUGUGAAGAUGAAGUCUAAAUAUAAUAUAUAACAACUGGCUGAAGGCAAAAAGAAAAUGCCUGCUGGUGUUGAAAGGCAAAGGCAGUACCUAGGGGAAAGGUGAAAAUUGUGCAAAUGAUUUUUUUUCAGUCAUAAAACCUUAAUAUUGAGCUGUUUAAGACUAAUUAUUUAUCACCAGUGACAUUGCUCUAAGAUUAUUUAAAUGCUUCUCUCCGUGUUUCAUUUUAAAGGGUCCUUGGUAAAAGUAGUGUUUACUAAGAAAACAUGUACUUGCUUUAGCCUUGUUACUCAUUUGAACUAAUGAGGUAGGAUAACAUGUUCAUUUUUAAUUAAAUAAAUGUAAAUGUAUGCUUUAAAGGCAGCCUAAUUAAAUACAGACAUCAAAACGAAUCUUUUGGAACAGGUAGCAUUACAAAAUAGCAGAUUGGGUGUAGUCUCGGCUAAGACAUACAAAAUGACAAAAUAACACCUCGGAGGUUCCACCUCUGGUAUGUGGACCAAAAAUGCUACGUAAAACUCAACAACACAUAUAUAAGAGACGGGGAAAAAAAUUAAAUAAACAAUAAAUACAUUAAAAACACAUUUGUAUGUCACCAGACUGAGAAAGUGGUGCGUACCUUUAUAUAAUCCAGUACAAAUAAUG